AUCGUAGAGCGCUAACGCAGCUGGGCAAAGCUUUGAUUGGAGUUGCAAGAUGUUUAGCUAGUCGUAGAGAUGGUCCUACCCGUAAGCUUCCGACUUUACCCAUUAAAGGCCCCAGAGAUUUUGACUAUUGGCGGCGACUAAAACACAGGGAUAAGAAAUCAGAUCGAGAAACACGACAAGGCAAUAAGAUCAAACAAGGACGCAGGUCAACUGAGUACAAGCCAAAGCGGAAGUCUGAAAAACCAACAAUACGCACAAAACGUUAACUGUCAAAAAAUUCAACAUAGCUCAAAAUUAAUAAAAGUAAAUGAAAUUCAAAUUCAAAUGUCUUGUUGGCAACUCCAUAAACAGCUGGCGCCAAAUGGCCAUAAGUAUUGUUAUCGAAUUUGCAAAAAAUCAGCUGUUUUCCGCAAACGGUCACACUGAUUACAAUUGUCUUUGUUAUUGUUGCGGCUUGGCAUUAUAGUUUUAAUGUUUUGAUAAUGUCGCUACUGAGAAGUGUUUCAAACGGUUUUACCAAUGUUUGGCGACGCUAUGCCAGCAACAGUGGCUGCACUAUAUAUAGUCUUAGUUCCGGACAUGUGAAAUGUGGGGUUUCGGUCAUCAGAGUCUCUGGACCACAAACAAAGCAAGCUCUACGUGCCAUUGUCAACAACAUGGAGUACGAGCCCAAGCAAAGACAGGCGUACCUGAAGUCAUUUUAUCAUCCUGCGAACAAAGAUAUGAUUGACAAAGGACUGCUGCUAUGGUUUCCAGGUCCGGCUUCAUUUACCGGAGAGGAUGCUUGCGAAUUCCAAGUGCACGGCUCCUUGGCUGUUAUAGCUGCUAUGCUAGAUGCCCUUGGUCAGCUACCUGGUCUCAGACCUGCUCAGCCGGGUGAGUUUACCAAGCGCGCUUUUUUCGGUGGCAAACUUGAUUUAACAGAGGUGGAGGGACUGGCUGACUUGAUACAUGCCGAGACAGAGGCGCAACGCAAGCAGGCUUUGCUGCAAAGCACUGGCGCAUUAGCGCGUCUCUACGACAGCUGGCGUAAGCGUCUUAUACGCUGUGCCGCUCAUCUGGAGGCCUACAUUGACUUUGCUGAGGAGGAGCAAAUCGAGACGGGCGUCAUCCUGCAGCUAACUAGAGAAUUGGAAGCAGUAAAACGUGAAAUACGCGUUCAUCUAAACGAUCAGCGUCAGGGUGAACUGCUACGCGAUGGCGUGCGUACUGUCAUCAUUGGUGCACCCAAUGUGGGCAAGAGUAGUCUCUUAAACUUGCUUUGUCAGCGCUCCGUGUCCAUUGUUACCGAGAAAGCGGGCACUACGCGUGAUAUUAUAGAGACUACGCAUAACUUUGGUGGCUAUCCUGUAAUCUUUGCAGACACGGCAGGUUUGCGUAAACAUACUACAGAUUCCAUAGAAGUGGAGGGCAUGGCGCGUGCCAAGCAAUGCUUAGGGCAAUCAGAUCUGAUUCUAUUGUUGACGGAUGCGCGAGAUUUGCUGGCAGUGAAGAAUAAUGAAGAUUUGGCCAGACAUAUAGAAAGCUAUCUGCAGCAACUGGACAUACCUUUGGAACUAUGCCAGGGCAAGCGCUUGCAGUUAGUGGCCAACAAGACAGACUUGCUGACAGCCGAGCAACAGCAACAACUUGGUCAGCUUGCUAAUGUGCUGACUCUGUCCUGCGUCAACUCAGAGAACUUGCCACAAUUUCUAGGUUCGCUGGAACAAAUGUUACAACAGCUGUGCGGCACUCCGCAGGCGGAGCAUCCACGCAUUACACACAUGCGUUACAGGCAACAACUGGAGCGUUGUAUUGAGCACAUAGAGAUAUUUCUGCUAGAUUACAGGCCAGAUGUCUAUCCGGACAUGGCUAUAGCGGCGCAAAAACUGCGUAAUGCGGUGCGUUGCAUUGAACGCAUCACUGGACAUGUCAGCUGUGAAGAUAUACUCGAUGUCGUCUUUAAAGACUUUUGUAUUGGAAAAUAAUAUGUAUUUUAGUUGUUAAGUGUAAAGAUUGCAAUGCACGUACGAAUUGGACUGCCAUAUAUAAAAAAUAUUUUAA